AUGAAAGGGAUUCAGGGAGCUUCAGAAAACGCUGAGCACCUCAUUUGGCAUGCACAAUCCAUCAAGUGGAUCACAGGUCGAGUAGACACACAGUGUGCAUGGAUCACCAGGCAAAUAUAG